AUGCCACUCAAAAAGGAGCCAGUGAAGAAAUGGAAGCAGCCGGUGGGCCCCAAACCGAUACAGCGCAAGAAUAAGAACACUAUUGGGCUUGGCAAGGCUAUCCAGAAUGCACGGAGCAAGGAGAACGCGAUUGAAUAUCUGCCCGAUGGCGAGAUGCGGUUUACGGUGGACAAGCACGAGGCUAACUGGGUGAAGCUGCGCUCUGUUACGCAGGAGUCGUCUCUGGAUGCGUUCCUGAGCACGGCAGAGCUUGCCGAGAAGGACUUCACUGCAGACAGACACUCCAACGUCAAGAUCAUCCGGAUGGAUGCAGGCGCCGAUGUGGCCACCUCCCACGGCAUUAUGCUGAGCAACCAGCAGCGGGCAGCGCUGAACGAGAAGCAGCGAGCCCACUCUGCAGAGCUUAUUGUCCCGCGGCGCCCGUACUGGGAUGAGGAGAUGACCCGCUUCGAGCUUGAGAGGCAGGAGAAGGAGGCGUUCCUCAACUGGCGGCGGAAGCUAGCAACGCUCCAGGAGGAGAACGACGACCUGUUGCUGACGCCGUUUGAGCGGAACAUAGAGGUCUGGCGCCAGCUGUGGAGAGUUGUCGAGCGCUCGGAUCUUGUGGUGCAGAUUGUGGACGCCCGCGACCCACUGCUAUUUAGAUCGACAGACUUGGAGGAGUAUGUGAAGGAGCUGGACGAGCGGAAGCAGAACCUGCUGCUGGUGAACAAGGCCGAUCUCCUGACCACGAAGCAGCGCAUCAUAUGGGCCAAGUACUUUAUCGCGAAAGGCAUUGCAUUUACGUUCUUCUCUGCACGGCGCGCCAAUGAGCUAUUGGAACUACAGAAGGAGCUCGGGGAGGAUUACGUGCAGCGUGAAGAGCAGGACGAGCCGGUCGCCAUGGUUGACGGCGAGACGGUCGAUGCAGAGGUGUUGGAAAGGAUACGCAUUUUGAAGAUCGAGGAGCUGGAGGACCUAUUCCUCUCCAAGGCGCCCAGCGAGCCACUGCAGGAACCGCGGCCAGGCCACGAACCGCUAAUCCAGAUUGGCCUCGUGGGGUACCCAAAUGUCGGGAAAUCCUCUACCAUCAACGCCCUGGUGGGCGCCAAGAAGGUCUCCGUCUCCUCGACUCCCGGAAAGACGAAGCACUUUCAAACCAUAAAACUCUCCGACCGUGUGAUGCUGUGUGACUGUCCCGGGCUGGUGUUCCCCAACUUCGCGUACAACAAGGGAGAGCUUGUGUGCAACGGUGUCCUUCCCAUCGACCAGCUCCGCGACUACAUCGGGCCCAGCACCCUGGUUGCUGAGCGGAUCCCCAAGUACUUUCUCGAGGCCGUCUACGGUAUCCAUAUCGAAACUCGUUCAGAAGAAGAGGGUGGUGGCGAGCACCCAUCCGCGCAAGAAUUGCUGGUGGCGUACGCCAGGGCACGCGGCUACAUGACCCAAGGGUUCGGCUCGGCCGAUGAACCGCGUGCUGCGCGCUACAUUUUGAAGGACUAUGUCAACGGCAAGCUGCUGUAUAUCAAUCCACCUCCGCACCUGGAAGAUGACACGCCAUACACGCGCGAGGAGUGCAAAGAGUUCAACAAAGCGCUCUACACACUUCAGAACCUUCCAGAAUCGAGACGGGAACAGUUACUGGAGGCAGCAAAGAACAAAGGCAUCACUUCUCUCGACUUGGCCCGCGACCUUUCUAAACUUACCUUCUCUUCGCACAUCGGAGGCGAUUCUUUAACACAGGCCAAGUCUGUGACACACGGCGGAAAACAGGCUGCGCUGUACAACGCGGCGAAGGAUCUGGAUCGCGAAUUCUUCCAAUUGAAUGGAAUCCAGGGCAAACUUACGAAGCCAUUCCAUCAGGCCAAUGCUCAACAAGGCAACGGCAAAAAACACAAUAAGAAGAACAAGAAGGGCAAGAAGAAGGCUGCUAUGUUCAGCGAUUAA